GUCGAGUGUGGGAGUGAGGUGGGGGCCCCGAGGCGCAAGCAUGGGAAAGAAACGCUCAAGCAUAUCAGAGGCAGCGGAAGAAGGUCUGGAUGUGUCACAGGCUGAGUCUGGUUUGUCAUAUGAUGAGAAACUGAAAUUUGUGAACCGCAUCUGCAAACCAAUGGCCUCAAAGAAGCUUGCCAAGAAACUGAUGAAGAUGAUAAAGAAGGGCAACAAGCACAAAGGCCAAGUUCGAAAUGGACUGAAGGAUGUUCAAACAAGGCUCAGGAAAGGAGAUACAGGGAUCGUGGUGUUCGCCGGUGACGUCACUCCGGAGGACAUCAUGUGCCACCUGCCGGCGGUGUGCGAAGAGAAGUCGAUUCCCUACGUGUACGUGCCCUGCAAGGAGGACAUUGGCGCAGCAUUGGGGCGGAAGAAGGGCUGCAUUAUGGCGCUGAUCCAGCCGCACGACGACUACACCGACGCCUUUCAGGAGUGCUCAGAGGAGAUCCAUAGCCUCCCCAUCCCCGUGUAGUGCGUGUCGAGGGCGUGGGGAAGGGGCGUGUGAUGAAGUGCCGCCCCCUCCCCUCCGCUACCCAUGACCUGAGGCAGUGUCCAGUGGGUGGUGGCUGCGGUCAAGUGACUCGUGACGGAUCGGUGUAGGCGGCGGCUGUGGCAAUCGGCGUUCUGUUGUGGUCUGGAACCAGCCAUAGAGCACAAGGCGUCUGAUUUCGUGCUGUCAUAACCCCGUUGGGUCUGAAGCAGCACUGGGACCAUCUCGCCACCAUUUAAGUGGAUAGAAAGUAAUUUGAGCUAUGCCCCGAUUGCCGCUAACCGCAGGCUUGAUGUCUCUGGAGUCUGUGUCACGUCUCGCUUUUUGACGCCAAACGGUAAAGGCGUUGUCUGAGCUCAAAACACUGAAUACGGUGCCUGCUUGGAUCCUUCGGAAUACAUGUGUUCCAUUAUCAUUGACUCCGCUCUUGCUAGGAUGUGGUGGGAUUGUUGAAAGAAAUAAACACUUCAGACCAUC